AUGGCUAUCAGAAAAUCAAACAAGCUGUCACAAACAGCAGUUCUAAAACAGAUUUUAAAGCGGUGCUCGAGCUUGGGGAAGAAACAAGGGUACGACGAAGAAGGGCUUCCUCUCGACGUGCCAAAAGGUCACUUUGCUGUAUACGUUGGACAAAACAGAACUAGAUAUAUAGUUCCGAUCUCGUUCUUGACAAGACCUGAAUUUCAGAUUCUUCUCCAACGUGCAGAAGAAGAAUUCGGGUUUGAUCAUGACAUGGGACUCACCAUUCCUUGUGAAGAAGAUGUUUUUGAGUCUCUUACCUCAAUGCUUAGAUGA